AUGACAAAACUCACUGAUGAUGCCGACUACGAUGCCAGCGAAACCUUAGAGAAUGUACCAAGUCGACUGUCUGAUGUUGGGAAUCAUGACAAUACUAUGGUAGACGACUUCGGACUAGGCAUCAUCUUCCCCUUCAACUCACCCAUCACCUCUUGCCAUAUCACCCCACAGAUGCUGGUUAGCGGCGGCCAACUGGUGGCGGCUCCAAUGAUGAUGACAGCCGCGGCACAUGGAGCCACUCCUGGCCAGGCCGCUUAUGCGACGGCUGCUCCCGGACAGCAGACGACUGCGCCCACUGCCGCCUUCCAGUUCCAAGCGGCAGCAACAACAACUGCAGCAGCAACAGGCCCAGCAAGCCCAACUGCAACAACCGUUGCUUCAGCAGCAGCAACAACAGCAACAACAGCAGCAGCAACAGGCCGCUGGGGCGACGACCACCCUGCUGCAGUGGCCAACUCAGUCGGCCAACGGACAGACACAUGCUUUUCCCGCAUGGCAAACAGUUAG